UUCUAGAAAGUUUUAAACCGCAGGAACCAAAAGGGCCACUGCGGGAGACGGAGCACGGCGACGCCCCGGCGGCGAGGAAGAGGAGGAGGAGGAGGGAUACGACGGCGAGGGAGGAGCUGUCUCUCUCCACGCGCGGGAGCGCUGACCCUAGCUGCCAACCUCGCGGAAGCACCGGAUUGUGAGGGAGGCCGAGGGGAGACGGGCGGCGAGGCGUCUCGAGGAGGCGGGGGCGGGAUGGCGGCGCCGGGGAAGGGAGGGGCGGCGCGUUUUGCGGCCGUGUUCUUCGUCCUCCUGAAUCUCGCUGUGGCGAUCGCGGGGAAGAGCUACUACGACGUGCUGCAAGUUCCCAAGGGCGCGUCCGAGGAUCAGAUUAAGAGGUCGUACCGCAAGCUCGCGCUCAAGUACCACCCCGACAAGAACCCCGACAACGAGGAGGCCAACAAGCGCUUCGCCGAGAUCAACAAUGCAUAUGAGGUGUUGACGGACCAGGAGAAGAGGAAGAUCUAUGACCGGUAUGGCGAGGAGGGGUUGAAGCAGUUCCAAGGUGGGAGAGGCGGUGGCGGCGGAAUGAAUAUUCAGGAUAUCUUUAGCAGCUUUUUUGGUGGUGGUGGUGGUGGGAUGGAAGAGGAGGAAGAACAAAUUGUAAAAGGCGAUGAGGUGAUUGUUGAACUGGAUGCUUCAUUAGAGGACUUGUACAUGGGCGGUUCAUUAAAGGUUUGGAGAGAGAAAAAUGUCAUAAAGCCAGCACCUGGAAAGAGGCGCUGCAACUGUAGGAACGAAGUUUACCACCGACAAAUAGGUCCUGGAAUGUAUCAACAGAUGACUGAGCAGGUCUGCGACCAAUGUCCAAAUGUAAAAUUUGUACGAGAAGGUGAAUUCUUGACUGUUGAUAUUGAGAAGGGAAUGAAAGAUGGACAGGAGGUUUUGUUUUUCGAGGAAGGCGAGCCUAAGAUUGAUGGCGAACCUGGCGAUUUGAAGUUCAGGAUCCGAACAGCACCACACAGCCGCUUUAGACGAGAAGGCAAUGACCUGCAUGCAACAGUCACAAUAUCCCUGGUGCAAGCUCUGGUUGGUUUCGAGAAGACCAUCAAGCAUCUUGACAACCAUCUGGUAGAAAUUGGCACCAAGGGCAUCACCAAACCGAAGGAGAUCAGGAAGUUCAAAGGUGAAGGCAUGCCACUAUACCAAAGCAACAAGAAAGGUGACCUGUAUGUGACAUUCGAGGUGUUGUUCCCGAAAACCCUAACCGAUGACCAGAAGGCAAAGCUUAAGGAUGUUCUCGUGUAGACCAUUGCUUUCACAUCUAUGCUACUGAUAGUUUUGAGGCGAGCGCCUCGAGGAAAAUUUUCCAAGUAGCUUGCAUAGGAAGCAGCAGCUGCUGCGAUUCUUGUAUGUGAUUUUGCAUUGCAAAUACUUGCAGCCUGGUCUUCUUUUCCGUUUCCCUUUUGGUUUUGUCAUGCGCCCUUAACAGCUCAGUGUAGUUUUAGAAAGCACAACAAAAUUGUACCAGGAUAUUUGUACUUUUGGAGUUCUGAAUACAUAGAUUGUAGAACAGUUCGGUUGCUUGUUU